AUGCCGCCCAAGCGCCAGCGUAAGCCGAAGCAGCCAUUCGAUCAAGGCGUUAACCCGUCCUCCCAGAAGCGUAGAGCGCCAGCAACUAGACAAAAUCCUACCCAUUUAACGCCUAAACGUGUCCGCCGUGAGGCGCUGCCGUCGCCUCCAGCGACUGCCCCGCCGCGCCGUCAAAGCCCGUUGUCCGAGCCUGAGCUGCAAGCCACCCAAACAGCUGCCUCCGCGCAAGCUGAAGAUAUCGUUGGCGAGGAUGAGGAUACUUUCGAGGAUGGAGAUGGCGAUCCGCUGCCUGAGGAUGAGGAUGAGAUCGCUGCUAAGGGCGCUGCCGGUAGUGUUGAGGAUGAGAUCGCUGCUAAGGGCGCUGCCGGUAGUGUUGAGGAUGAGGGAGAGCCAGCGUACCGACGUCAAGAAGGCACUCCAUGGCUGCCUCGCUCAUCGCAAGCGCUAGAGGAUGAGGUUAAUCCUGUACUGCGCGUUAGGUGGAGGGCUUGCCUUGGUGGUGAUAUGGAGAAACACUUUAUUCCUGAAGCUGCCGAUAGCGAGCACGGCGUACGGCUGUACUCGCUGCAUUUCGACGACCUAUGGCAGUGGGUAGAUGACGUUGUUGCAGAAUUACGGCCAAAAAGAGCGAAGAUCUCAUCUGUUUGCACUGUUGUUUACCCAGCUAAGCAGGCCAAACGCGAGCGCGCGAUAAAGCGAUUGCGGCGAGGUGUUGAUGCAACGUGGAAUAGCUUUCAGCGCCUUGUUGUAGAGGUUGAUAACUAUGUCAGCGAGCCAGUAAACGUCGAUUUCGAGCUCAUCUUGGCUGAAAUUCCAGGGGAGCAGCAGCCGUUGCCAACGGUUGUCGACGGCCCUCGUCGACGCACCGCAACGGUGAUUCAAGAGGAGGGGCUUGCUGGUGUAAUAGCAGCUGAACAAGCAGGUAGCGGGCAUGCUAUUGCUAUCCGGGAUAGAUGGCGCUGUACAGAUACCCAUUGCGAGAACUAUCCUUAUUGCUGCUGGAUGGCGCCAACAGCGAGGCAGCCAGCGCGCUUCGAAGAUCACCUCUUUGUCAACGGCAACAUUAUCUCCAUGUGGGCAAGAGCAAUUACAGCGAGAAGGGCAACGUACGAUGAGCCAUCUGAUGAUGUACGGCUUGCAAUUUUGAGAGCAAAGGACCUACGGGUGCAUGAGAAAACGCGCAAGUUGCGGGCGGCUGGAGAUGGCGACGAUGAUAUCAAAAGCUUAACAAAACUGCUCAUCGUUGGACAGCUUGAGCGGAUGAACAGGCAACCUCAACAGGAGUCUAACUUGCAGGCAGCUGCACCAACGAUAACAAGAGCUGAGGUAUCUAGUGCAUCUCAGUGGGCGCCUAUCCGAUAUGAUCAUGAGCAGGAGAUUAACGAGCAUACUAGUAAUUUCUUUAACUACCUUAAGUUAAAAUUUCCUACAGUUGGAGAGGACAUUAACGAGCUUUAUAAGACUCUUGUUAUUGACGGAGCUAUGGAUAUCAACCUCUUGAUGCAGCCAUCUGGUGAUAUCUUGAAGUUGUGGACGCAGCAUUUCAAGCAGCCUCCUGGCUGGUUUUUCACGCUACAAAACACUGCAAAAGAAUGGCAAGCUGGGUACCAGGGUCUCACAGAUCGUAACUGGAGACGAGUCGAACGUUGUAAGAAAAGAGAAGAGAUUGCGCGCAAGAAAUUGGUGGUUGAACCGUCUAGCAGUGUUGUGGAGGAUGAUGGCGAGAAUGCUUGAAGCUUAGUGGCCUGAGCGUUUUUGGUGACAGCGGCCCGUGCCCGCUAUAGUGUUGAGGUUUUUCAGGCGUUUCAAAUGCGCUGCAACAAUAGUCUAUUUGGAUAGCCCUAUGUACAACACUACAACGUUAUGCGAUUAUAACAGGUUAACUUCCUAAGAUAGUUCUAUAUGUAUAGAAAUAGCUCUUAUUUUUUUAGAAUUAUUAAAUCGCUUUUGUGGGUUGCGCAUUAAGGUGUAAUCGUUCGCAUUUGUAUGGUAUCAUCUACCUAUAGAAACGUACUGUGGCAUCCAUUUAAAAGCACAAUUAAUAGGGAUAGCCACACCUAUGGAACCAGCUUCUGCAGUUAAUAUUACAGCACACCAGCUGCGCUGCAUACUCAAGAAAGACCCCAAAGUCAAUGAAGUUCUCCGCUUGCGCUGAAUUCCUUUUCAUCCACCCCUUGAGCUGCUUAAAGCUCUUCUCGAUGGGGUUGAAAUCUGGUGAGUAUGGCGGCGGAGUGGCUCACUCUGCUCCUUUGCCCGCUUUGUUGCAAGCUUGCGAGACCAUCUCAUCUUCUCUAGCUCUCGGUAAACGCUCGCAAGGCUUAUCCUAACGUCGUACUCGUCGUACAAGAAGUCCCUCAUCUCAUCC